AUACUGUAAACAACACUCAGCAGUGAUUCGAACCUGAUCGAUAAUUUCACACGAAACUAUAAUGGCUGAUUUGUUGGAAGCCUUAAUACAAGCGUCAGAAAAGGCUGCACGUAUAGCCAGAUCCUGUUGCGAGAGUUCUAACGCAGAGACUUUACUGGUUGCCGAAAAAUGCGAAUCAGAAGCAAACACACGCUUUGAUAAAGAUUUCAAGACAGUCGCCGAUGUUUUAGCACAGGAAUGUGCAAAAGCUGUAAUUAUUUCGCAAUUUCCCGAGCUUAAUGGACAUGUUCGGGGUGAAGAGUGCCCCGAAAUAGGUGGCAUAACAAUCGGCUUACAGGGUACCAUCGAAGGCACUGCUAAAUUACUUGGUGGUGCACUACCUCAGACCACAGCUAGACGGAUGGCAGAAGCUGCCCAUAGUGAUACUUUUGAUAAUCUACCCAUAUUGCCAGUUGAUCUGCCGUCAAUUAAUACUAGUGAUAUAGGUAUCUGGAUUGACCCGAUUGAUGCUACUGCAGAGUUUAUAUCAGGAGUAAGAGGAAAUGCUAAACCUGGGCAUGGCCUCCCUUGUGUGACAGUGCUAAUUGGUGCCUAUCUUAGGUCUAAUGGUGAACCAGUGAUCGGAGUUAUCAACCAACCAUUCUAUAAUGGAACAGGCCGAAUUAUAUGGGGUGUUCAUUAUGGUAACUUUAACUUAAUCUCUGAAGAUAUUAAAGAUUCUCAAGACAAAGUAGUACUUAUGAGUGGGGCAGAAAAACCUGAAGUCAUUGAGAAAUUCAAGGCUGCUGGAUGCAUGGUCAAAUCUGUUCCAGGUGCUGGCCAUAAAUUAAUGAAAGUAGCCCUAGGUGAAGCUUCAGCUUACAUUGUCUCACAGGGUACCACAUUCCGCUGGGACACAUGUGCACCCCAUGCUAUUGUUCUUGCAAGAGGUGGUAAUGUAUUGUGUUACCAAAAGCAUGUACCAAUUAGAUACAAUGAUGAUGACGAUCUUGAGACAAAAGAAUAUUGUAACAAGCAUGGAAUUAUAGCUUACAUAAACGAGGCUAUGUUGGAUGAAAUAAAGCAUAUACUUUAUUAAUUUUCAUAAUUAAAUCUGCACACACGUUCAGAUUCUUUAAUGCUUUUAACAAUAAUUAUGUGUAUUAUGAAUUCCUGUUAAUGUUAUUUUUAGCCUAGAUUUAAAACUAAUUUAUUCCUUAAGGGCCUUAAUUAAUAAACGUGGCAUAACAGGGUAAUAAUUAUGCAUUGAAUUGUUGGAGUGAAAAACACUGCAUAACUAUUCCAAUUUUAUCCUACUUUCAUAAAAGCCUGGUAAAAUAUGUGACAUAGCAUUGGAAUAGAUUUCAACUGACAGAGCUCAUCAAACACUGCAUAACAAAUUCAAUGUUAUGCCACAUUUAUUGAAGGCCCUAAUGGUGUUAACUGGCUUAUGGCAAUUAUUAAGAAUUAAUUUAUGUAUGUACCUGAAUUUUUGAUCUCACUAAAUGUUUAUAAUUAAUGUUUCUCUUUUAAAGAGAAUGUGUAUUCAUGUACUAAUCGAUAUUUAGAACUGAUGUGAAUACAAGGUGUAUAUUUUAUUAUAUCUGAUUGUUGUAAAAAAACAUGGUGUUAAAUAAACUUCAUCAAAUGU